UGCACCAAUUCGGUAGAAUGGCCCAUAUACCAAAAACAACAUGAAUUGAUAAACCGUACACACCUAAGAUGUGUUAGAUUACAGAGGAUAUCUCACAAAAUGGACUUAGCCCCCAUAGCCAUGAAUAUACCUGUGUGUAGUCAAUCAUUAACCAUGCUGAUCAGGAAGGUAUCAUUCAGACAAAAGGACACCACCUAGCCACAACGCAGAUGCCACCUUUUGGCUAAAAGUAAGCUGUCUUCUCUUGGAUCCCUUUCUAUCUCUUUGGCCACUAAAAUGGAGUAUGUCAUGUUUACUUGGGGCUAAAAUAGUGUAGUCCCCCACUCCAAAACAAAAUGAUGCUGGGGGUAAGAGGCAACUGCACCUGGGUAGGGGCAGAGAUCCCUCUGUCAUCUGAAUUCUUCAGAGUAAUAAAGAAUGAGAUCUGGCUCUUCCUCAUCCCCGCUGCCCUGGCGUUUCUCCUGCUGGCCCUGUUCCUGGAGGAGCUUGGGUUCUUCCUCAGGCAUGUUCCCUCUUCCAGGCGGAGGCGGCUCUACCUGUGGAUUCUGGGAAUGUACCCGAUAUUUGGUCUGACCUCUAUCAUUGCUCUUUAUAUUCCACGGUCGUCUUCACUCUGCAAUUUUAUUGCAGCCCUGUACCAUUCUAUCACUUUGUGGAAGUUCAUGGGUCUUAUAACAGACUUCUUUGGGGGCAAAAGCAGAAUGCUGGAGGUGUUGGCUGAAGAGAAGGUCUCCCCUAAUCCAUUCCCAUGUUGUUUCUGCUGCUGCCUUCCAAUGAUUGCCAUAAGCAGGACAAGCCUGGGCUGGAUGACGGCUGCAGUCCUUCAGCUGUCAGUGGUGCGGACUAUCCUGUUCUUCUUAACCCUGGUCCUCUGGACAGAUGAGCAGUAUGACUACGGGGAUGUGGACUCUGUAAAUCCUAACAUGUACGUGAAUGCCAUCAUAGGUGUGUCGACCUUCUUGUCUUUUUAUGGAUAUCUACUGUUUUACAAAGCAACCAAAAGUGCCCUGCAUGGCUAUGGUCUCAGGGCCAAAUUUGUAUGCAUCAUUGUGGUCCUGGUGUUGUGCGGACUGCAAAGUGGGAUCCUGGAGACCAUGGGAGCCCUGAAUUUAGUCCCCUGCACCCCACCAUUCUCAGCACUCAUGCGGUCUCAGUUAAUUUACCACUACGCUGUCAUUGUGGAGAUGUUUUGCAUCUGCCUAUUCGCCCGCAACACGUUCCGCAAAGUGGAGCCCAGCCCCGAGCAGGGGGACAGAGGUGACGACUGUUUCCUCCGCGGGCAGCAGGACAAGGCCGUCCAGACGGAGGAGGAGCUGUCCCUCAGCGUGCAGCUCAGCGCCCCAGCGGAGGCACAGUGGUCGGGCUGGUGUGGAGGCGGCGGUAGCGGUGGUGGCGCCUCUAACCCGGGCUAUAACAGCGACAGCGAGGACAGCCUUUGCCGCAUAGAGCACGCUCCGCUGGACCGUUUCCCUUUCCCUCUGCAUCCCAGACGUCAGGAAGACGCGAGUGAAGACAAGGCCAACUCUGAGUCCACGGGGGACUGUCUUGCCCUGGAGCUGUCCAAAGUGACAGUCACUGCUGAAAUCAACUAUGAUGAAAAACCAGAUGUCACCGUUGUUUAGCGAACAGUAACCCAAAGGUUGUAGCAGUUAUUAACAUUUAUUUCAGUAUAUAUGGAAUCAUUAUUAUAGUUUAGUGCUACUGCAGUAUUACAAAUAAAACAUAAUCAUGAUGGUGAAAAUAA